GGCAAUAGAGAGCAAAACUUAGCGUAUACUCCUGUUUCAACUGCAGGAAGCUGGUCCGGAACAUGGCGAUGUAUCACUCGUCGCUGGUUGGAAGUUGUUGGCCAGUGGUCGGUGGCCACCGUCCACGAUAAAACAUAGUUCUGUUACUCGGAAACUCAAGCACAAACCCCUUUUCCACCUGCCGUUUGAGGUCUGUUUUAGUAGGAGCGGCGCGGUCCGCUCGGUUUCUUUCAACACCACCCAAAAAAGAAAAAAAAAACAGAAAGCCCGCCUUUGCACAUAGCAUUCGCCGCCAGCGCUUCAAGGAAAACAAUACGGUUACAUAAGCUACAUCCAAAAACUAGGGAGAGUAUCGCAGGAGUAAAGGGCCGAUUUACUAUUCAAGGCAUUGUUUUACUCUGCAAAAUGUCGGGCGUAGUAAAAUGCAUUGUUCACUGCGUCAGCAGCGAGAUAGUGAAGUGUUCUUUAUACUCUGUCCUUCUGAAAGAGUGGAAUGCCCGUUCUGCUCUUGCAGCAAUUGAGAAACAGUGAGAGAUCUGUGAAUACUAUCGCGUUCCACUCUUAAGGCAGAAUCUUAAGCGUCCUCCCAAAUGUGUUGAAGGUGAUGGAAAAUUAUGUCAAGGAUUUUUUCGUCGUGGGACACGUGGCGUGGACAGGAUCGCUGCGCCUAGAACUUUCUAAUUGCGUUUCGGAUUACGUGUGACCGUUGCCUGACCUUUCUUUUUCAGCUACUGUUCUUCCUCAGCAAUUGCACCCAACCGGAGAAGAACGAGUCAGUAUGGGCAACGCUGAAGAAUAUCUUCGUCGAGAACCAGCUCCAAGGCUGGCCUUUCAAGAAGGACCCUAAGGUGCUGAGGAUCUCGGACACGGCCAUGGUUCUGGACAAGUACGUCGGUCUGUUCGCCUUCGUCAAGGUGUCCUUGCGCAAGGACCUCGAAGACGACGACUACGAAGUACACCUGGAGGCUCCGGAGCUGAUCCUCAAAAGGCACCAGUUCGUGUACCCGAACGAAUCGGUGGCCGACUACGCCAAACGGGUCGAGAGGCUCAUGUCGAUCUUCACCGAUGCCAGCAUGGUCAAGGCCGCCGAGGACGUCGUGCAGCUGGAACAGAGACUCCUGCAGAUCAAGGCGCCUCGGAGGUUUCUGCCGUACGACAACCGGACGGCCACCAUCAAGGAGCUCCAGCGCCGCAAUGCAUGGCACUGGCUGACCUACCUGAACUUCCUGCUGGAGGACGCGGGCGUCCAGUUCCACCGUCAGUCAAGUGUGGUGGUCUUGGACCGCGAGUACGUCACACGCCUCUCCCUCCAGCUGAGCAAGUUCUCGGGCAAGACGCUACUCAACUACCUCGGCUACGCCCUGAUAGUCAAGUUCUCCCCCCUCCUCCCCAGCGACGUCGACUUCGUCGUGCCGCUGAGCCACGAAAACUACCUCGAGACAGUGCCCGAGCGCCUGCAGGCGUGCGUCCACAUGCUCGAACACCUGUGCCCGUACUUGGUCCGCAAGAUGGCGCGCAUGACGAUCGGCCGGGAGAACGCGACCACGCCUCAGUGGCACUACGACGAAGAGAUGCACAAGCUGAUUUACCUCGUCAGGGAAAGCAUGAAGCAGACGGUACAGAGGGCGCCCUGGCUGAGUCAGGCCGAAGUGGACGCUGCGUCGCAGAAGAUCGACAAGCUUCGAGUUGACUUUCUGGCCGCCAGGGAGAGCGAGGAGCAGGUGAACGCCUACUAUCCGCAGUUUGUGAGCCCGUUCCCGGCCAGCGACGCACUGCUGGGCUACUACAAGCUUCUGAACGAGACCAUGACCUUCUACUGGAUCACAAACUCGUCGUAUGACCUGGACGCCCGCUACCAGGCCUCCUCUCUGGUCGCCGGAGAGGUCGAGUACGUCGCCGAGAAGAACCUCAUCUUCAUUCCGCACGGCCUCAUUGCGUUCGCCAGCAACAUCACGCCGACGUUCGACCCGCUGUUCGUACCGCUCAUCGUGCCCGCCAUCUUGCGCGCCAUGUUCGCCGCCAUCGACCGGCGCGGCUCGACCGUUACCUUCCAGAAACAGGUGGUGAACUGGUGGUCAAACGCUAGCCGGUUCAGGUUCGCCUCGAAGCUGCAGUGCUUCCAGGACCAAUACGCGGCCGAGGCGCAGAGCGCACUGGCCCUCGACAUCGACGAGGACUUCUUUCUGGACGAGAACGUCGCGGACAACGCCGUCUUGCACCCGCUGCACGACGUCUACCGCAAGGCGAUGCACCUGGCACGCCACACGCCACGCGACUCCCGGGUUCCGGGCCUGGAGACCAUGACCAUGGACAAGCUGUUCUUCGUCAACUACGCCGUGGCCCACUGCGACCGCAUCAGCCCCAACCUGGAACGCCGGCGGGUGCUCUACAAAGACGGAGUGCCGGCCAGACUGCGCGUAAACGUGCCUCUCAAGAACUACCCGAAGUUUGCCGAGGUCUUCAAGUGCCAGCACAACGCGCCCAUGAACCCGGAGAACCGUUGCGAGCUGUGGUGAAGCGAGAAUAAAGCCUUCGCUGCAGGGUCGUUAUUAUUGUCUUUGCGUUUAACUAUGUCAAUAUACGUAUCUCGUAAACUGACUAGCCUUUUGAAGACACUGUUAGAUGAUCUCCGUGCUAAAUCACGAAAAAAAUAAUCAGAUCAGCAAGCGUGCCCGAGGAUGUGUGAAUCCGUUAGCUUGACAGGUAAUCUAUGUGCUUUAGAAGCGACAUACGUAGGCCAGGAUUAUCACAACGGGCACGAUUUACGUUUAAGGGCAACAAAUUCGGGCAUGAUCAUUGGAUUAGGAACCGCGAGCCAUGCGCUACGUUAAAAACAGCACGCAGGAACUCCUCUGGUAAUUUCGCAAGUGUGCGUAAGCAUUGUGCCACUUGCUCCUCUCCACGCAGCCCGGAUGAUAUU